AUGGCUUCAAACCCCACACCCUCCUGGAGCAUCCGCUCUCUCAUAAACUCCACCAAAUCCCUCGCCAUGACCGUCUCCGGCAACCGCUCCGCCGACGGUCCCGCGCCCCUAACGGACCUGUUCCGCAAGACGGAGCCCUCAGUCGACGGCGACGAGUGCUCGCAUGACUGCGAGUCGUGCACGGUGCGGUACCCUAGGAACUUCAAGAUCGACGAGUCUGACGACCUGUACGGGUUUGUUAAAGCAUGGGAUACGCAUCUUCUGGUGGCGACGGGGAAGAGCGAUUGGGUGAGGGAAGUGGAGCAUGAGAAGAGGAGUGUGAUGGAGGCUUUUGGGAAGGCGUCGGGGCCUAAGAACGGGAAGUUGAAGCUCUCGGCGUCGAAUAUCCCUACGCCGAGCGGCGUAGCGGAUUACUCCGAGCCCACGACGGUCCUGCUGCUGCCGGCGUUUACUUUUAUAGAUCACGUCACGCCAAAGAGGGUACCCCUCCUAAUCGACGAGUUCAUCAACAACGCCCCAACGAACACAUCGCCUCUCGAACCUUUUACGCUACCUAAAUCCGUUCCGGAAAAGACAGCAACGACGGCGACGACACAAAACGGAGACGAUACAGCACAACAUCAGUCCAACCAACUUGACCCAUCCUUACCACCACCCAUGACCUCCCGCCCCUGUCCGCACCAAGUCCUCGUCCUCCUCUGCUCCCAAAAGACGCGCGACGCUCGAUGUGGCCAAAGCGCGCCCCUAAUCAGGAAAGAGCUUGAAAGACAUCUCCGCCCGCUGGGGCUGUACCGCGAUCUCGACGACGAGAGGCCUGGCGGCGUGGGGAUUUAUUUCAUUUCGCAUGUGGGCGGGCAUAAGUACUCGGCCAACAUGAUGGUGUAUAGAAGGCCGGAUGCGUUUGGGAUUGAUGCCGUGGAGAGGGCCAAGGUUGGGGGUGAUGUUCUUCCCGAGGUUAAGAAGCAAGAGAACGGGGAGGAGAAGGAAGGGGAUGUAGGCGCUGCGCAGUGUAUUUGGCUGGCGAGGGUGAAGCCGGAGGAUUGUGAGAAUAUCGUGAGGUUUACGAUUUUGCAGGGGAAGGUUGUAAAGCCGGAGAGUCAGCUUCGGGGAGGGUUUGAUAGGGAGAAAGGGCUGCUGAGCUGGUGA